UGGUAUUCUGUGGGUUUUCCAGUUUAAUGUCGAUGAACUGUCAAAUGUGACGUUUAAUAAUCAUGAUGAGUAACGAAAUCAAAAAAACUUUAUAAUAAUCAACACAAUGUGAAUAAAAACGCCCCUUUUUUUACAUGAUAAGAUACCAAACCUACUUAUUUUAAAAUUCGUUAAUUUUAUAUGCUAUAUUGCAACAAUGCCGUGUGGAAAGUGUAAGGGCGAUUUUAAUCUCUUAAAUUGGAAGUUAAAAUGUGCAGAAUGCGAAGAAAGUUUCUGUUCGAAAUGUUUAAAGAAAUUCGAUGGGUGUUUUUUUUGUGAAGUCUGUUUUAUAUUGGUACAAAGACCUUCAGUUCGGGACGCUUUAAUGGAAUUAAAAUCGAGGGAUUUACAAAGUUAUUUAAAUAAGCAUCAUGUUCCUACUCAUGGUUUGGUCGAAAAGGGAGAUUUGGUGGAUUUAUUUAUACGAUAUCACAUUCCCGUUCAAUAUAAAAAAAAUCAUAAAGUUAAAUUUUUGAACUUAAGCGGAUCGGUACCUAAUUUAGCUGCAAGAUCGCAAUGUUAUUUAAGCAAUAUAAAAACGAAUGCGGAGGCUGCAAUAAAUCAAACAAGAAAUUUAUUGACUCAAAAUCAAUCUUCACCACAAGAACAAAAUAUUCCAGAAAAUGUUUUUACCGCACAUUCUUCCCCUCAGGACAAUCAGCACCCCUCGGCCCCCCCUAUGGAAGAACCAACUCCUCCACCAACAAAAAAAUACCCAAAACUUUCUGAUUUUGAAUCAGAAAUUGAAUUAAAUAAUCUUAGUGUGAAAGAAUUAAAGGAGUUGUUACAAUUAAAUCGUGUUAAUUAUAAAGGUUGUGUUGAAAAGAGUGAUUUAUUACAAUUGGCUGUUACUUUAUGGAAGAAUGAUAAAGAAAAUAAGGAUGAUGGUGAUACAUUUGAAAAUUGCUGUAAAGUUUGUAUGGACGCUCCUUUGGAUUGUGUAUUAUUAGAAUGUGGUCACAUUGCAACAUGUAUUGAUUGUGGAAAACAACUGGCAGAGUGUCCAAUCUGUAGGCAAUACAUUAUAAGAGUUGUUCGAACAUUUAAAGUGUAACAAAAAAGAAUAAUUAAGAUUUAAUGAAAAUUUAUGGUAAUAUUAAAUGUUUACUUAUAA